UGUCGCGGAUUGGUCCGGGCCGGAGCUCAGCUGUGUGGAGCGCACCGGGUCCCGGAGCCCGCGGCCUGAGGGAUGGACGAGACGAGCCCACUAGUGUCCCCCGAGCGGGCCCAGCCUCCGGACUACACCUUCCCGUCCAGCUCGGGCGCUCACUUUCCGCAGGUGCCGGGGGGCGCGGUCCGCGUGGCGUCGGCGGCCGGCCCAGCCCCCUCUCCGCCGGGCUCACCAGGCCACGACCGGGAAAGACAGCCACUGCUGGAUCGGGCCCGGGGCGCGGCGGCCCAGUGUCAAACCCAAACCGUGGCGGCACAGGCCCAAGCCCUGGCCGCCCAGGCCGCGGCAGCGGCUCAUGCCGCGCAGGCCCACCGCGAGCGGAACGAGUUCCCGGAGGACCCCGAGUUCGAGGCGGUGGUGCGGCAGGCCGAGGUGGCCAUAGAACGCUGCAUCUUCCCCGAGCGCAUCUACCAGGGCUCCAGCGGAAGCUAUUUCGUCAAAGACCCUCAGGGGAAGAUCAUUGCAGUUUUUAAACCCAAGAAUGAAGAGCCAUAUGGGCACCUUAAUCCUAAGUGGACCAAGUGGCUACAGAAGCUGUGCUGUCCUUGCUGCUUUGGCCGUGACUGCCUUGUCCUCAACCAGGGCUAUCUCUCAGAGGCAGGGGCCAGCCUGGUGGACCAAAAACUGGAACUCAACAUUGUACCCCGUACGAAGGUAGUAUACCUGGCCAGUGAGACCUUCAACUAUAGUGCCAUUGACCGAGUCAAGUCCAGGGGCAAGCGGCUUGCACUCGAGAAAGUGCCAAAAGUUGGGCAGCGGUUUAACCGAAUUGGGCUACCGCCAAAGGUUGGUUCAUUCCAGCUCUUUGUUGAAGGCUACAAAGAUGCAGACUUCUGGCUAAGGCGUUUUGAAGCAGAACCUCUCCCUGAGAACACUAACCGGCAACUACUGCUGCAGUUUGAGCGGCUGGUGGUGCUGGAUUACAUCAUCCGCAACACUGAUCGAGGCAAUGACAACUGGCUGAUUAAAUAUGACUGUCCAAUGGAUAGUUCUAGCUCUCGGGACACAGACUGGGUGGUGGUGAAGGAGCCUGUUAUCAAGGUGGCUGCCAUAGACAAUGGGUUGGCUUUCCCCCUGAAGCAUCCUGACUCCUGGAGGGCAUAUCCUUUUUACUGGGCCUGGUUGCCCCAGGCAAAAGUCCCAUUCUCUCAGGAGAUCAAAGAUCUGAUUCUUCCAAAGAUAUCGGACCCUAAUUUCGUCAAGGACUUGGAGGAGGACCUAUAUGAACUCUUCAAGAAAGAUCCCGGUUUCGAUAGGGGCCAGUUCCAUAAGCAGAUUGCCGUCAUGCGGGGGCAGAUCCUAAAUCUGAGCCAGGCUCUGAAAGACAACAAGAGUCCCCUGCACCUCGUCCAGAUGCCACCCGUGAUUGUCGAGACAGCCCGUUCCCACCAGCGGUCUGCUAGCGAGUCCUACACGCAGAGCUUUCAGAGUCGGAAGCCCUUCUUUUCGUGGUGGUAGCCUCAGAGGCAAAUGAAGGCAUAUUGUCUGAGACUUGGGCCAGGAGGAAGCCUGGGGAGCGGGUUGCAGGAAAAGCCAGAGAAGCUUAUGGAGAGCAGUGCCCUUCAGAGCCCUCCCUGUCUGCUUGCCACCCUCCUCAGAGCUUUCCCAAGCACAGGGAGAAGCACAAUCAGUGGGACAGUGUGUGCUGUUGGGCCCUUCUGAGUGCUGGGGCGGGCUGGCGCUCAGGGCGUGUAGUCCACAUGCCCAGAAGGAGCAUCUCCCUUCCAGCAUCCCUGGGGGGGCAGGCUGGGAAACUCCCUCCCUCCCUGACACCCUGCUCUGUUGCUAUUCCUCAUUAUAUUCUGCAUCAGAAGAAAAAAACAAAAAAAAAAAACAAAAAAACAAAUAUAAAUACCAGUAGCAAAACCCAGGCAGUUUCCCAGACCCUCUCAUGUCAGAAACCGCUGAUCGAGACCUAUAUUUGCAUGGACCCAGACAUUCAGGUGCCUCCUGGUUCCUUACUCCCCAGGACCAAGGCAGCUGGGUGACUUGCUGGCAGCACUGGGACAGACAGAAGGCACACAGCCCUGUGGGUUUCUUUUCCUUUUUUUUUUUUUUUGGUCUUUUUAGGGCCUCACCUGAGGCAUAUGGACGUUCCCAGGCUAGAGGUCAAAUUGGAGCUA